AUGCUCAGACGCCGAAACAAGACGACCACCUCCCAUUUGGCCCAACUGAGAUUCGAUAGCGGUUUGUUCUCCCUUUCCGAUUUUACUUCCCUUCUGCGCGACACCACCCUACUGGCCAUCCAACCUUGCGUUUUUUUUUCCGAGCCCACCGCUCCUCUCCGUGCUCUCCGCGACAAAGGACCGGCCGCCAUCAUGGCGAGCUUAGGCCGGGCCAUGCGACGACUGGGAUCAUCCUGGAAGCUCAGUUCCACCGGUACAGCCAGUACUGACUCGCUCUCUCUUAUUUCUACAGAAGCGCCGCAAGUGAACCUCCCACAUGUUGACACUCAGCUGAACAUGCAUCAAUACAACGGCUUUUUCGAAGACGGAUCCUCGGCCGCAGACGGCCUUAGAGUCGCAGAUUCCCACAGCUCCCCGUCCCAACCCUUCUACCCUUCCGCGAGCCCCAACUCCAACGAGUCCAAUAAUGGUGAAGCCCCCACAGAAUGGUCAGCAGUUGGCCACGCCGCGACCGGAAAGUCCGGGCGCGUCAUUCAUAAUCUUCAAGAGGAGAUUGCUCGCCUGACACGCGAGUGCAGCUUGUAUCGGUCCCGGGCAGAAGAAACCCAGCGAUCCAAUGAGACAUACAAAAUCCAAGUUCAAAACAUGACGGAGCGGCUUCGCAAUCUGGAGCAGGUGAACGAGACCAAUCUGAACUCAAUCGCCCGCAAGGAUCGGAAGCUGGACGAGCUCCGGGCGGAGCUUCAGACGGAACGCACAAAGCGCCAACAGGCCGAAGCAGACGCGAACACAACCAACCAGACAAUGCGGGACGAACGAGAGAAUCACAAUCGCGAACAAGCUCGAUCUCAAGAGAUCGCCAAAUACCAUGAGACGCAGUACGAAGUGUUGGCAGGUACGACCAAGCGUGACAAAGCAGAGCUUGCCCGCCGCGUCAGGGUGCUGCAUACAGAACUGCAGUCGAUGGCCGAGGCGCAGAAGACGCAGGAUGUCAAUACGGACCGACUGAUGGUUAUUGCGGAUCAGAAGAACCGUGAAAUGGAGAGCCUGAAGGAGGUGCAUGAGAAGCUGAUGACUAGCCACGUCGACUACAAGAAAACCAAGGAUAAUGAGUUGAGGGACACGAUCGAGCGGACGCAUAACAAUAAUGCUAUGAUUGAUGCUGCACUUGAGUCUAUCAGGGAGACUGAGGCACAAAUGAGAUGGGCUAUAAUGCUCCAUGAGAAUCGAGAGAGGGAGAAGAGAGAGAAGGAGGGAAAGGAAACCGAGAAGGACACAUCGGAUGCAUGA